AAUCAGCGCCCACCAGUAACAGAGAGAAAUUAGAAGCCAUUAUGCAUAUUAGGUGUUAUUAGGAAUUUAAUGGCUGUUGUCGGUGAUCUGAAAGUGAACUAUACACAUUCAGAGGAUGGUGUACUGGGUCCGUAUGUUCAGAUGUACCCAGCAAGUCAUGGAUCAAACCAGGCCUUAAAUAUAAAAGUUGAGGAAGUGGAUCCUGUUCCAAUAACAGUUCAGGAAUCAAAGGUUAAAUGUGAGAACUAUACAAAUUCAGAGGAUGUUGUACUGGGUCCAUAUGUUCAGAUGUACCCAGCAAGUCAUGGAUCAAACCAGGCCUUGAAUAUAAAAGCUGAGGAAGACUCAGAUCCGCAAGAGGAGGUGGAUCCUGUCCCAAUAACAGUUCAGGAAAUAAAGGUUAAAUGUGAGAACACUACAAAUUCAGAGGAAGUUGUACUGGGUCCGUAUGUUAAGAUGUACCCAGCAAGUCAUGGAUCAAACCAGGUCUUGAAUAUAAAAGCUGAGGAAGACUCAGAUCCACAAGAGGAAGUGGAAGUUCAGGAAAUAAAGGUUAAAUGUGAGAUAAGCAGUGUCGACAACGUUGGACACGGUUGCGUGAUAAGCACCGUGAAGCCUUAAACUUGAGAAAAACCAGAAGUGGCCAGGCAGCGUCAAAGACGAAACCGCCUAAAUACGAGAAGGAACUUUCUUUUUUGGCCCCAUAUCUUUUGGACGAUGCCAUUCGACAAUUGAACUUUCCUUCUCCAGGAGGUGUUGAUGAUGGCUAUGGAGACGGUGACGACAGAAACACUGAAGACGAUGGAGAAGAUAGAGUAACAGCAAAUGACUCUAAUUUGUCCACACAAUCUUCAGCUCGUUCAUCCUACACAUCUCGAUCAAAACGCAGUAAGAAAUGCACAUCAUCUGAAGAGCCUUCUGCCGCUGCCAUUCUGAAAGAAUAUCUAGAUGCCAAAGACAACUGGCAUUCCCAAUCGUGAAGAUGACACACUGACUAAUUUUUUCUUGAAUAUGGUGGGCACUGUUAAAUCAUUUCCUACUAAAGAUCAAGUGGAAUUAAAAAGCAAAAUAUUUCAGUUGGUUAAUUCAGUUGAAAUGAGAAUUGCGAAUGAAUUGGCUGCUCCUACUCAGUCAACUCCAAUAAAUUCAAACUCAUUAAAUGAUGAAUAUCGUUUACAACCUGCCUUUGAUGGGACAACUGUGCCCACAGAUUACUAUGGAUACUACAAUGAGCAGGCACGGCCGAAUCAAUAAUCGUAUCAUGAUCGUCGGGAAUGAAAUUAGAUGAAAAGAAACUGGUAAUAAAAGUGUUGUUAUAUAAAUACAUAAUCAAUGUGUUUGUAUCCAUAAUUUGACACGUUUUCAAUUAGUAAUUAGAUUUAUACCGCUUUGUAGCCACUUGUGUGAAAUAAUAAAAUAAUUACUUUAGUAUAUUAUUAUUUUAUAGAAGUAUCUUACCUCAGACACAGAGAAAGUCUUUCCUUUGGUUCUAUUGCAUGUCUAAAAUGAGUGUUUUUCUUCGUUAAACUCGGUGCAAGUAGAUGUAAAAGAUAAUCGAAUUUUUCAUGACUCAUUCGAAACUACUGGAAAAAUUUUGCAUCAUCCUCCAGCAGAUCUGAAAAGAGUGAGCUGAACUCUCCGAAUACUAAUCUUUUCAUGUUGAUAUUGUGAACCCAAUAACGCUUCCUUCUCCUUCUUCUCCUUUCUGCUUCUUUUCUUUUUUUCUCAUCCUCUAUUAGGAUGCAAGUAACUACCGCAACUCCUGUCUCGCUAUCCAUCUCGAACUGAACAAGUACACCCGUACUGCGGUAAUGAAUGCACAUGAACACUGCUGAGACUGGCACGGGCCGACCCGUCGGCUUGGCGAUGCGGGCGAGUGAACACACUCACUUAUUCCUACGAUAGCUCCGAUGCGUACGAUGCGAUCUAGUGAAGGCCUACCAUAAGUCACCAAAAAAUUGUAUCUGUGGUUUCCUCUCACUAGACCAGUAGUCUUUUAUGACAAGUAAUGGAAUUAGGCCCAUAUUUAUAAUUAGAUCUAAAAGUGACUUCACCACAGGAACAUACACAUCAGACCACCUAC